GGGGCGAGUGGACUCUGCUUCCGCCACCAGGGCGCUCGGGCUUGGGUCACGGACAGGUCACGCCCCAGGUUCGGCAGUGUGGACUUCGGUGUUCGUCCUUCGCCCUUCCCAAAGCCGUAGCGCUGAUCAGUGCGGACAGCGGGGCGCUGCGAGGCGCGGCACCUGGCGCCCUAAGUCGCGGCGCACGCCGGCUGCACCAUGGUCCAGCUCACUACUGUCCUCUGCAAGGCCUACCAUGGAGGCCACUUAACCAUCCGCCUUGCCUUGAGUGGCUGUACCAACCGGCCUUUCUACCGCAUUGUGGCUGCUCACAACAAGUGCCCUAGGGAUGGCCGAUUCGUGGAGCAGCUGGGCUCCUAUGAUCCAUUGCCCAACAGUCAUGGAGAGAAAAUCGUUGCUCUCAACCUGGACCGGAUCCGGCAUUGGAUCGGCUGUGGGGCUCACCUCUCUAAGCCUGUGGAGAAGCUUCUGGGUCUCUCUGGCUUCUUCCCUCUGCAUCCCAUGAUGAUCACAAAUGCUGAGAGGCUGCGAAGGAAACGGGCACGUGAAGUCCUCUUAGCAUCUCAGAAAACAGACACAGAAGCUACAGAAACAAAAACGAGCUGACUUCAGCUGAGCUUGAGCAGAGCAUUGGGAAUAAGGUCAAAGUUCUCUUAAAACACCUGUGCAGAGCACUUAGUUUUAUUAGCUUUGGAGGUCAAUAAAUGGAGUUUUUUAAGUCACCCUGGCCUGAGCAGGGCUCAGGGAGAGAUUUGUUCUUUCUGACAUAAAGCUGGGUCUAGGUACUAAUUCGAUUUCUCAGCCUUCAUCUGGGAGAAAGACCGUGACUAUGGGGUGUGUUGGACUUUGGGUUGGGCCCUGGAUCUCUUGGGCAACUUUACAAUCUGUUGCCUUCCAAGACCCCUGUUUGACAGCCCCCAGCCAGCCUGUCCAUGGUCCAUCAGAGUAAUUCCUUCCUUAAUCACUUAUGGUCAUCCCACUAGCUCAAAGACACAGUUACUUUGCUUAUUAUUAUUUUUUUGUAAUUAUAAAUUUAUAUUGUCUUGACACAUAAUCUCAAAUUUACAAAGGCAGAUUUUUUAAAAUUUUUUAGUGUUUAUUUGUUGUUGAGAGAGAUGGAGCAUGAGUUGGGGAGGGGCAGAGAGAGAGGAAGACACAGAAUCUGAAGCAGGCUCCAGGCUCCGAGCUCUCAGCACACAGCCGGACGUGGGGCUCGAACUCAAGAACUAUGAGAUCAUGACCUGAGCCGAAGUCGGACGCUUAACCGACUGAGCCACCCAGCCACCCUACAAAGGUAGAGUUUUUAAUGAGCUUUUAGGCUAUAAGAGCCUAUUUUAAGAAUAAGAAAAUGGAAGAAAGGUAAUAUUGAAAAGUACCUAUGUAUAUUCUCAGCUCUUUACAAGUAGGGUUAUUUGUGAGGAUUAUUAGGUAUCAUGAAAGUGAGUAGGAUUGUCUCUGUUUUAUUGAUGGGAGGCUGAGGUUGAGAGGUGGAAACUUGACCAAGGCCACCUAUUUUCAUUUGGGCAGAGCUAGGAUUCAGAGCCCACUAUGCAUACCUGGAGAGCCCUUUACAGCAUAUUAGAGUGUCUGGGGCAGGGUGGGUGUGAGAUGAGCAAAGAUGAGGAGCUUUUCAAAAGUCCACUGAAAAAGCCAGUGAUAGGAUGAGGUUUAGGUAUGAUGAAUUUGGCAAUAUAAAUGAUGGGCUGUGCCCAAAUCCCAAGAUGUCACAUUAUCUGGUCCACCAUUUUGCAGGACAACCACGGGCACAGAUUGGAGAAUUUUAGUGCACACCCUGGAUAGUACAGAUUUCAAAUUCUGGCAUGAAACCAGGGUGGGGAGAUUUAUAGAGGAGAUACUAAAGGGCUAUCAAUGUACCAAUUUAUUUUAUUCUCUGGGUUUUGUAUUCUGAGAACAGUUACCAGCGAUCUCGCUAUGGCAUCAUCAAGUCUGUCCCAGGGGUGUCACUGGUUGGCCUCCCUUGCUUUGAGGGAACUUUGAAGGCAGAGCAGGCCAAGAAGAACUGACUACCUGGAUUUGAUCUGGAAUCUGGGAAUGAGAAAUGCUAUGAAAACCAUGGGAACUCUGGAAGUUAAAGAUAAUAAUCCACUUUGGAGAGUUCAAGAUCUUUGGGUAAACUAUAAUUGUAGAUCAGAGGAGAAUGAUUCUGAAAAGUAUUGACCAGCAAGGGGAACUGCUGGGAAAUGAGUUAAGCUAAGGUAUUAUUUUGAGCUACUGAGUUUCUGCCAACUCAAGUAUUCACUUUGUGCUUUGGUUUAUCCUUUGCCUAAGAUCUGUAUACACACACUUCCUAUGUGAGCUCAUCCUGUCCCUGAUUUCCAAGGUUAUCUCAAGCUCUAGCCUUGCUUUGGAUCUCCUGACAGUUUCUCACCGUCUUCUAGUUGAUUGCAUCAAAUUCAACAUGCUCAAACCCAGCUUUGUACUUUAGAAAGCAUUAAAAAAAAAAAAAAA